UAUUAUUUUUAAGUCUGUAUUUUAACAAUUUCUUACCAUUUGAGAAAAAUCUUAUUUGUCAAAUAAGAAAUAGAAAAAGCUAAAAGCAAUAGUUGUGAAUAUCAAGAGAUACCAAAAAUGGUUAUAAUUAUCUAUUUAUAUAAUAAUUAAUAUUCGUAAAAUUUUAAAACUAAAAUAUGCAGAAAAAUAAGCAAUCCACCAAUGAGUUCACCUCGUGGCUACAAAAAAAGCUGAUCGAACUUAAUACGGAUCCUGAUAUCUUUGGUUCCUACAUAGCAGGAAUUCUUGACGGGGAAGAUACACUUGAUGAGAAGCGUGAAGCGCUCAAUGAUAUACUUAGUGAAAUCAUUACAAACGACAUUGAUUCCUUGAUAAGUCUUAUUCUCGAAAAAUUUGAAUCAACGCAUCCUAAAGAAGAAAAGAAAACGGAUGGUCACAUUGAUGUAAGUGAGCAAUUGGCUAAAUUAUUAGAAGUGCAGAAGCUACCAACAACCUCAAAGGCGCGAGAGUAUACUGAAGAAGAACGACAAAUACGGGAACAAAUUUUAGCACAAUAUUCUCAGACUGAAGUUGAAGACGUUGAUGCGUAUUGUUCUGAUGAGGAUACUGAAGGAUCGAAUGUCGCUCUUGCAGCCAAUUCAUUAACUGGAAUCGAACGUAAUACCAAUUUUCAAGAUGUAAUGGCAUUGCAAAAAGAGAAAAGAGAGCAAGCACGAUUAGAUAGUGCCGCUAAAAAACAGAAAGAUAAAGAAGACAGGGAACGUCAGAAGCAACUGCGUGAGGAAAAGAAAGAAAAGCGUAAAACUGUAAAAGGCGAGCGACGUCGGUAGUUUAAAGAUGGCUUAAUAACUUUAAUAUAUCGCUCCUAAUUCAAAAAGAUAUAUACUUUUAAAAAUUCUUUAUUAAUUUUAUACAAAGAAUAAUAAAAAAGUAUAUAAAAGUCGGAAAUGGAAAAUCAUACUUUAUACAUUUAUUUCAAUUAUAUAACCAACAUUUAAAAAGAGCUUUGAUUUUUGUUAAAUACAUAAUUAAUUUUUUAUGUUUAAA